UUAUUUGUUACAGGUACAAAGAUGAUAAAACGUCAGAAAAUCCGAAAGAAAAUCCGGUGAGACCGUUACAGGUCAAAGUGAUAAUGUGACAAUACAAAAAAACAAUACAAAUAUAUACUAAAAUACUCCAAAAUAAUUCUCCUAACAAAACUAACUUAGUCAUAGUCACAAAAGCAAGUGCCAAUAUAGUGAAACAGAGUUAUAAAUGAACAGAGGUGACAUCGAACUUAAAAAACAACGACAGAAAAACAGUGCCACAUAACUGCCCCUAAAAUAACAUUCUAAAUUCAAACUCGAAAGUGUCAAAUCAAAUUUCGAAGUGUUUUUUUUGUUUAAAUUUGGAACUGUAUUUAAAUUGUGAUUGGAAUUGGAACUGUGUGAUGUGGUAAGGAUGGAUCUCCAUGCCCCUCAGUUGGUUGUCCAUUCUUAUGAACCCCAUGCCCCCUUGUUGGAGGUCGAGGGUCUGGACCCUCACAGUCCUCAGCAAAAGGUGCUCAUCCAUGCUCCGACCUUGCAAAGCCAGGAGCUGAUGAGCAUUGAGCAUCGGAACGGAGGUGAGCAGAAUAACUAUGAUGAGCAGUACCACGCGCACAGCAGCAACCAGAGCGGGGAUGGUCACGGAGGAGUAAAUCAACUGGGAGGAGUAUUCGUGAACGGGCGACCGCUGCCCGACGUUGUACGACAGAGGAUCGUGGAGCUGGCUCACUCCGGAGUACGGCCGUGCGACAUCAGCAGGCAGCUGAGGGUCUCGCACGGCUGUGUGUCCAAGAUACUAUCCAGGUACUACGAAACCGGCAGCUUCAAGGCUGGAGUGAUAGGAGGCUCCAAGCCGAAGGUUGCGACGCCGCCAGUGGUGGACGCCAUCGCCGCUUACAAGAGAGAGAACCCCACGAUGUUCGCCUGGGAAAUCCGGGACAGACUGCUCAGCGAGGGGAUCUGCAGCCAGGAUAAUGUGCCUUCCGUGUCCAGUAUAAACAGGAUCGUACGCAACAAGGCGGCUGAGAAGGCGAAGCAGGCUCACAACCAGCAGCAGCAGCAGGAACAGGAGAUAAGCUCAGCGCAAGGAAGCGUUGUAUCUGUGAUAACCCACGCGGGUAACGCGCCGGGGACGACGGCAGUACUCUCCCCGACCACAGACCAGCACGUGACGAACACGAGCUACAGCAUCAACGGCAUCCUCGGGAUCGAGCAGGUUGAGGGUCUGCAUAACGGGAACGCGACCGGACUGAAGAGGAAGAGACAUGAAGACCAAGAUGAAAACCGGGACUUCAACAGUCAUUCAGAAGACGACGUCAAGAGACAAAGAAGUCACUACAAUGGCGACCAAAUAUACUCCAAUCUCUGGUCAUCAUCGAAAUGGAGUCUAAAAGACGAAUACAAGUUACUGUCGGAGCUCGGUGGCGCAGCGGGUGGAGCCACGGGGUACUACGGGGAGCUGUUCGAUGCCCCGUAUGAACACGCCGCCCAUCCCCAUUACACGCCUCACUCAGCACACAAUCGCCUGCCUACAUUAGGGCAAACAUCUCUUCAGCCACUCUCUACGAAUGAUUCCACGGGAUCGAAUGGUGGUGCUGGUGGUGAACCUCCUUCGGCGGCUGCGAGUCCUGAUGCUGCAGCGCUGGUCGUCCUCCAACCUCCUGCACCGCCGUAUCCACCGUACGCACAUUAUGAUGGUACGACAACGUUAGCCAGUGAGUACGCGUACGCGGCCCCCUACUCGCAAUACUCGCCCUACGGUGGACCCUACUCGCAUUCUGCCGCCACCGGCUUGCUGUCCAAGUGAUAUCAACGUACGCCGUGCGAGUAGUGACUGUCGGCGAACCACAACGAACAAACAAAAAGUGAUAAAAUGGACACUUAAACAAAUGUAUAUCGAUUAAUUAUGUGAGAAAAUUAGUUUUAAUACGUAUAGAAACUCCUUUUGUAGAUAAAUUAUAAUAUAUUUGUACAAUUCUUAAAAAUA